AGUAUGGGAAUCCAGUACCAUUUUUGCUACGAACGCGUGUGCACGAGUUUUUCAAAUUUGGAAAUAGAACGUUUUUAUCUGAUUUUGUGUUUAUUUGUUGUUGUGUAGCUCAAAAUUGUGUCUGUGUUUGAUUUGUAAUUGCUGGGAUAAAUCUGUGUGGAUGUUAUAACAUUAUUUCAACACGGUGACGCACAUAUCUUGUGUUGCCGAUUAAAAUGAAAAAGAAGAGAAAAUUAAAACGUAUGCGUCUAUAAAACACCUGAUAUUUCAAAAUCACAAUAUUUAUAAAUAAUAUAAACCAGACAGAGACUGGGGUGUCCAUUAAAACUAUAAAUAUUUAAAUAACAAGUUAAAAACGCAAAUACGUAAUCGCUUUGUCAACACUUCUGGCACUGCCGCCUUUUGUUUAGUUAGUUUUAAGUGGACUAUCAAAAUAAAACAGUACAGAACUUGAAAGUAUACAACCUUCACGGAUCGAAAAUAAAUUUAUUUCCAGUCAGUUUAAAAAAACAAAAGACAUUGACAAUAAACUAAAUACGCGCGAAAUGUCAGCGUGAGUCUUGCGCGAAGUGAUCGUUUUGGCGCGUGUUUUACUGUGAAGUACAUAUUGUGGUGGCAAAGUGGCUGGAGACGAGCAUUUAGACAUGUUGGGGGGCCCGGAGUGGGGCCAGCGGGAGGCCACCCCCCCAAGAGAUGCACCCCUGCCGAGUUUUGGCUUCACACAGGAGCAGGUCGCGUGUGUAUGUGAGGUCCUCCAACAAGCUGGCAACAUCGAGCGUUUAGGGCGUUUCCUCUGGUCCCUGCCUGCAUGUGAGCGGCUCCAUGCGCACGAGUCAGUGUUGAAGGCUAAAGCAAUGGUUGCUUUCCAUAGAGGCAACUUCAAGGAGCUUUACAGAUUGCUGGAGUCACAUAACUUUAGUGCCCACAACCAUGCUAAGCUUCAGAGUUUGUGGUUAAAAGCACAUUAUAUGGAGGCGGAGAGGCUUCGCGGACGGCCCCUCGGCGCCGUCGGCAAAUAUCGGGUGCGGCGUAAAUUUCCACUUCCCCGCACUAUUUGGGAUGGAGAGGAGACAUCUUAUUGUUUUAAAGAAAAAUCGAGAUCAGUACUUCGGGACUGGUAUCUACACAAUCCGUACCCAUCUCCGCGAGAAAAAAGGGAGUUAGCUGAAAGCACCGGACUCACAACUGUACAGGUUUCAAAUUGGUUUAAAAACAGACGACAGCGGGACAGACAGGCUGAACACAAAGAUAGUGGCGGUCCCGGCGACAAGCAACUAGACUCUUCGACAGAUGAUGACAGUGACGCGCCACAUGUCACUCCAGCGCACUUGACGUCAGCACCCCCUAUAUAUCCACACGCCUUAUAUGAACACCCCCUAGCUCACCUGCCGUAUCACCAUUCGUGAUACUAGCCUUACGUUUAGGAGCUGUUUAUCGCAAAACGUUAUUUUUAGGUAUGAAUGACAUACUAAAAAGUCUCAUUAACUCAAUUUAACUAAAGUAACAAGAGCCCUUACUAUGGAAUCCAUAUGAUUAUUGAAUUUUCAAUAUCAUCAGUGGUUGCAAUGUGUGAUAUGUGACAAGUUACCUAUUGCUAUACACAGAUGGCGCAUUUUAAAGAAAUUUAAAAUUGAAUUUCUUAAGCAACGUAAAUUAAAGAAUUAUAAAAAAUAUUAGGACUUAGUACAUAAGGG